AUGUCUACACCAACGGCGCCUCUGGCGCCACUCACUACAAUCUUCACGCCUCCGUGUUCUAUCUCGUGGCUGCUCACAACCACGAAAGUGCCAUCUCAGUUCCCACCAUUCCCAACAAACGGGCCGUCAUCGUGCGAUCCCCCGUCGUGGGUCGCCAAUCUCAAGGACAAAGGAUUCCAAUACUAUUCCCCCGCCAUAUGUCCAAGUGGGUUUGAAGUAGGGCCAAGUUGUGAAAUCACAAAGACAAGGACAGCCGAAGGGUUUCCUCCAGUGGUCAACGGAGAGACUGCAGUAUACUGCGUGCCAAGCGGCCAUACCUGCACUACCGACACGACUGAUUUCCGCGGCGGCGUUUGGGGCUUCACGCGAGAAGCAGCAACACCAGCUUCCGGCAGUGUCAUCGUCACGGCGGGUCCAGCGUUGCAAAUUCGAUUUCGAGAAGAAGAUUUGAGCAUAUUAGAAACCCAUCCAUUGACUCCUGGCCUUGUACUAGCUGGGGCGACAACAGAUUCCACUGCUGUCACGGCAGCUCAAACAACUUCAACGUCAACAUCAGCAUCAACAUCAACAUCGAUAGCCAGUUUUUCGACGAUAACAAUACGACCAUCGGCCGUGUCUCGUGAGGAGACUUCUUCUUUGGACACGACUGAAGAUGGCACGAGUUCGAACUCCGUCUUCAGUUCGGCUGGAUCCUCGGGAGCAGGGUCCGUGUCAUUCGUGACGACUACUGAGGCUACUACCACCACCGCCCAGGCUUCGGGCAGUGAAUCUAGUGGAUCGCUGAACCCGGGAAGCGUGGCAGCGAUCACUUUGUCAAGUAUCUUGAUUGUGAUUGUGCUUGUCAUCUCAUCAGUUAUCUUUAUGCGUAGGAGCCGACGUAAAAGACAUGAUAAUGCAGCUCUGCUUCAACCCUAUCGAUACAAGCCAUGGUCAUCUGGAGCAGGUGGCCUCUCAAACAACCCGCGGGCCAGCACAUCAAGUCUAGACUCCAUUGUCCUGCCGCUACAGUCAGCAGCUGAGCUUCCCGGAACAGCACCAGUCAUCCCCGAACUGGCACUGAGUACUCGUCUUGGUGCAAAAGAGAACCCUGCCGAAUUGGGUGCUGAAGAGCUAGCCGCAGAACUGAGCGGCAAUGCGAGGGCCCCUUCGACAACUUGGAGCUGGAUGUCUCGGGCUUCCAAAAGAGGCAGUGCACGAUCCCAAAAAACCAGGUCAUCUAUUGCCCCGUCUUCUUUUACCAGAUGGACACGAUCCGCCGCCUCGAUGCAGACGGCGUCAUCUGGUCGAUACUCGGGUGAUUGGGAGAGCUUUGCCAGGGGCAAAUGGCCAAAUGGGCUGACUGUCCCCGCCGUGCCCAUGGAUCGACCACUCCCGGAUGUUCCCAAGACCCCGCGAUCGGCUAAACUUCACAUUGCCUCCUAUCUCAAGCCUGAUGCCGGCCGAGAUAGGUGGAGUCGGGAGAGCGCGGGAACAUUUGGUGCACCGGGGAAGAGCCCCGUAAGCACAAUAUUUACUAAUAAGCCUUGA